CCAACGGACGCAUUUGAACGACUUGGAGAUGGCAAGCUCCCCUUCGCCUUCGAUCAACUCAUCCACGUUUCAAUCCAUUUCGGAUCCACGUCACCCUCGAGCCAUUUCCGAGGACGUCAACAACCUCGAACUAAAAAUGCAACCGCUUCAGCGAUAAUUCUCCAACACAACAACUCCAUUCCCUCCACAUCCACCAUUCACCAUGUCCGACGACGACGACCGCUCCGCCUCUUCCUCUUCGGAGGAAGACAACGGCCCCUCCAUGGUCGUCUCCCGCUCGCGCCGCUCCAAUGCUGGCAACCUCAUGUCCCGCCUCCUCGCGCUCGAAGAGUCCGAACAAGCCGCGCAGACCGAGUACGAUUCCAUGUGGCAAGAGGAGGCUGAUGACCAGGAGUUCGGCGGCGAAGCGGCCGAAGACCAAGGCGACAUCUCGCUCGAGUCGUCGAGCGAUGAGGACGAGGACGAGGGCGAGGGCGACGAGGAGGCGGGGGAGCGUGAGUUGAAGAAGCAGGAGCGCGCGGAGGGGACGGGGAAAAAGCGGAAGAGGGGGACCGUGUUUCAGCAGGUGGUGCCACGAAAGAAGGUGAAAGCCGCCAUGCCGCCGGGUACGGGGCCCGCGAGCGAGGGACCCGUUGAAGCGGCCGACGCGCCGCCGAAGAAGAAGCCGGAGCGCGUCUCCUGGCUGCCGACGGAUGCGGACGGACCCAAGCGCGUGUCCUCGCGCAAACUCGCGCAGAUGAACCGCGUCGAGACGCAGGAACGCCUCCAAGAAAAGGAGAAGCACCGUCUGCGCACCCUCGCGAUCAUGCAAGCGGCCGAAGCGCGGCGCGACCGGGAGAAGCCCAAAGCGAUGACGCAGGCCGAGCACCUGGCGGAGGCGGCGGCUGUGGAGCGGCAGAACAGCAACAGUCUGAACCGGUGGGAGGAGGCGGAGAAGAUGCGGAUGGAGGAGCAGGCGGCGAAGUUGGAAGCGAUGAAGAAUCGGAAGUUGGAGGGGGCGUUUGUGAGGUAUUGGAGCGGGCCGGCGGUAUGGAUGGGGGAGGAGAUAAAGCAUGUGGGGAAAGAUGGGGAUGUGAAGGCGAUUGAGGAGGCGGAGAUCAAGAAGCAGGAGGCGGAGAUCAAGAAGCAGCAGACUGCUGUGACAGUACCGUCGGCUCCACCGGUUGCGCAACAUCCGUUGGAAUCCGGAUCCGUCGUCGCAGGACCUAUGGACAUCGACGAGAAUCCAGUACAACCAUCCCACACGGAUAUCGAGCAAGCUACGACCGGGGCAGAUCACGGCGCGACUGGCCCCACGCAGAUUACAGCCGCCGAUGAAUUUCUCGAGGGGAUCGAGUAUUGGGCCUCACUUCCAGAUAAGCAAGGACCUGUCCAACCGGUCAUCGAUCCUCCGCCAAAACCAGACUCGCCAAAACCAGACUCGCCAAAACCAGACUCGCCAAAGCCAGAUUCGCCAAAGCCAGACCCGCCGCAACCUAUGUCUCAGCCACAGAGUAUCGAACGAGAUCAAAACACUUUGGACGUACAGCAGCAGAUGUCAAGCGCUUCUCCAAUUGCUCCUCAAGCUCCCGAAGGACUGCCAGACGUAUCUCUACAACCGCCUCAAGUCACGGAAGAACAGCCAGUUCCCUCCCAACCGCCAGCUCAAAUCCCACAAGAGCCUUCCGCAUCGACCCUACCAUCCCCUCCACCCAAACAAGAGCUUCCAAUCCCUCCCCCCCCACCCGCCAUUCUCGCAACCCGCAACCUCAUUACCGUCGUCACCCCCGACCUCCCCACACCUCCCACCCCCCCCUCCAAAACUUCCAAACCCUCCAAACACGAACCCCGCGACACCCUUGCCCUCCUCAAGCUACUCCUCUCCUACGACCCCUCCAACCCGCGCGCCCUCCCCCCCCCGACCAAACCCCCCAAACGCCCCAAAGCCACCGCCACCGCUGCCACCGCCCUCUCCGCCGCCGCCACCGACGCGUCCCAUAUAUCAAUGGAACCCUGCAUCAUCACCGGCACGCCCGCGCACUUCCGCGACCCGGGCACCGGGCUGCCGUAUGCGGAUGCGCGCGCGUAUCGGCUGUUGAAGAGCGUGUUGGCGGGGGGGUGUCGGUGGAGUGCGUUGUUAGGGUGUUAUGUGGGGACGGUAGUGACGGGAGGGAGGGGUGCGCCAGCGGCGGGGGUGCCGGGAUGGUUUGCGGAUGGGACGGUAGCGGAGGAGGGGGAGGAUGGGACGGGAGGGGGGGCGGUUGGGGCGAAGGAUGGGAAGAAGGAGGUAGUGGUGGCGUAGGGCUGGUUGAUCUGGAUAGAGAGAAUACCCGAGUCGAGUGGGCUGGUGGAUUGGAGUUGAUGAACGCGAGCAAAUGGUUGAGUUGAGACUAUAUCAAGUCACAUGUGAAAGUUGUAUAGCAUGUAUGGCGUUAAUCAUA